CUGAGCCUCGCCAGGUCGGUAACAUGGCUGUGUCUCCGGGAGCCUCGUGCUGGUUCGGUUGAUGUCUAUCUCGCGCUCUCGUACAGUUACAGAAGCCCCUUCUAACAUGAAUGCACACUUGCACAUACACACGUCGUUUACCCACCUAUUUCAUCACCGUCUGUGAUGCUAUAGGGUUUUUUUCCUCCAAAACUUUCCUCUGAAUGUUUUAACUUUGAACCGAGUCGCGGUGGAUCACCGGAUACCGGUCUGGGCGACAGGCAAUGGGGGAAUGAACCAGGCAAACGGGUACGUUUCUAGAAAUGAAUUUGUAUUUAUUUUCCAUGGUUGCUCCGAGUUAAAUCGUGACUGAUUCGGCUUGCUGAGCGGCUGAGCGAGAGAGUUGGGGGAGAGAGAGGGGGAUAUCAUGGCCGCUCAGGUCGCAAGCGUCGCCAAUCUGAACACUAGCCCGCCAUCCGAACUUAAAAAGCCGGACCGGGAGCCACAGGAUGAGUCAGGACCAGGAGAUAAGCAACAGAGUAAAGAACCGGGACUUGACAGUGGAACUCCGGGACUCAAGGAACUGCAGGACGGGAACGAUGCUGGAGGAGGAGGGGAUCCUGACAUGAAGAAUGGCAACGGGAAUUCGGCCAGGGUAAAUAAUAGCAGCGGUAAUCAGAAUGAUUCGGAAGGUAACAACCGUCCUGGGAUGGGACACCACCACUCGGGCCCCUUUCCUCCACCACCCUACGGUUACAACCAGCACUACAGCCGGGCCCCUUUUCAUCAACAUGGCGGACAACAAAGCCCUGGCAUGGCAUCUGCAUCGGGACCGGGCAUGAUGGACCCUUACCCCCCUAAUUCACAUGACCAAGGAUACCCAAACCAUUACAACAACUACAGCCUUUUCCAAAACAGGACUUCUUAUCAGGGUCAAGGAUACGGGGCUAUGAAUUCCCCUCGCAGCAACCAACCCACGGCGGCCGGGGGACAGCCAGGCAAGCAGCAGCAGCAGCAGCAGCAGUCAGGAGGAAGCUCGGUCCUGCCUGCUGCUUACAACAACCAGAGAUAUAACGUUGGAAACCAACAGCCUACAUCAACACCAACUUUAAACCAGCUUCUGACAUCCCCCAGCUCGACCAGGAGCUACCCGAACUACCCACAGGGAGACUAUAACAAUCAGGAAGGGACCAACAAGGGAGCAGAUAUGGCUAGCAGUCAGUAUAGUGGGGUUCAUCCGGGUUGGCAACAAAGAACCCACCACCCGCCUCCUAUGAGCCCGGGGAAUACUGGACAGCCACAAAACAGAAACCAGCCCCCCAGCCCAAUGGACCAGGUAGGCAAGAUGCGUGGCCAACCAUAUGGGGGACCUAGCCCAUAUUCCCAGCAGCAGCAAGGUCCCCCCACCGGCUCCGGCCCACAACAAGGAGCCACGUAUCCAAGUCAGGGAUAUGGACCUCCCAGCUCUCAGCGAUAUCCAAUGGGAUUGCAAGGACGAAACCCAAGUUCAAUGAGCGGCAUGCAGUAUGGUCAGCAGAUGUCACCAUAUGGACAGCAGGGACCAGGUGGCUACGGCCAGCAGAGUCAGGGUUACUAUGGUCAACAUGGCCCCCAGUCUCAUUCAAGCCAGCAGCAGACCCCAUACCCGGGGCAACAACAGGGGAACUCUGGUCCGCCUUAUGCACCAUCAGGCCAUCCAUCCCAGCCCCCAAGCCAACAUGGGCAGCCCGGAACCCCCUACUCGCAAUCCCAAGGUCCACAUGGUCCUGCUCCUGGUCAGCCGCCAUACACGCAAUCUCAGUCUCAGUCUCAACCACAGCAGGGUCCAAGUCCUCAGAGCACACAAGGACAACCUGGGUAUGCUCAAGGUUCUGGGGCGUCACAGCAGCAAACACCACCCCAGCAGCAACAGCAGACACCAUCACAACCACAGCAACAACAAUCGGGUGGUCCCUCGUCUCAAAGUCAACCGGCUCCAGGUCACAGCCAGCAGGGUCAACCUUCACCUUACUCCCAGACACCUCCACUGCCACAACAGCAGCAGUCCCCAUAUCAGCGGUUCCCUCCUCCACAACAGGAACUCUCCCAGGACUCGUUUAGCUCUCAGUCAAGUGCCCCUUCUUCCAAUCAGCCCAUGGCUUCAAGCAAAAGUGGCCAAGAGGACAGCAUGCAGGCCCGACCUUCCAGUUUACCGGAUCUCUCCGGCUCAAUCGAUGACCUACCCACUGGGACGGAGGGAGCCCUGAGUCCUGGCGUAAGCACUUCAGGGGUGUCCAGCAGCCAGGGCGAGCAAAGCAACCCAGCCCAGUCCCCUUUCUCCCCCCAUACUUCUCCCCACCUGCCUGGGAUACGGGGACCGUCCCCCUCACCAGUUGGCUCACCUGUCAGUGUGACUCCAUCACGCACUGGUCCUCUGUCUCCGGCUGCUGUCCCAGGUAAUCAGAUGCCUCCUCGACCUCCUAGUGUCCAGUCUGAUGGCAUCAUGCACUCUGCAAUGAACCAGUCACCCAUGGCACAAGACAGGGUUUACAUGCGGAACCCUCAGAUGCCUCCUUAUGGCUCUCCUGGACAACCAGCCUCUGCCUUAUCUCCUCGCCAGUCCUCUGGGAUGGGACCCUUCCCCCAGAACAACUCCAUGGGGAAUUAUGGGCCUCAGGGUGGCCAGUAUGGUCCUCAAGGUUACCCUCGUCAGCCAGGCUACACAGGAAUGCCCAAUGCCAACUAUCCAGGUGGUCCUGCCAUGGGUGGCACCAUGAACUCCAUGCCAGUUCAAGGAAGUGGUGCCCCAUAUGGAGGCAUGCCCUCUGGACGACUUGGUCCUGGACAGAUGAACACUAGACCGUAUGGCCCAGGCAUCAGCGCAAAUAUGGGUGGCAUGCCCCCUCAAGUUGGUGUGGGAAUGGGUCCUCCUCCUGGUAUUAACAGAAAAGAUGGUGGACCCUCGAUGCACCAUGGACCUACAAACUCUAUCCAUAAUAGGCCACCUGGUUACCCAAAUAUGUCCCCUGGCAUGAUGGGAUCAGGUUCCCCAUAUGGUCCUGGCAUGAACAGCAUGCAUGGCAUGAUGACUCAGGGAGGACCAGGUCCAUAUCCGAUGGGAGGAAACAUGUCCAACAGUGGCCCUGGAAUGGCUCCCAGUGCCGAAUUUGGCAUGGACAAGAUGGCUGGUGGUCAGAAGAUGAACAACAAGGUUGAAGGGACUCCUAAACCUGAAUCCAAAAAGAAGUCCAGUUCUUCCACUACCACAAAUGAGAAGAUCACUCGGCUGUAUGAGCUGGGCCCGGAACCUGAGAGGAAGAUGUGGGUGGAUAGAUAUUUGGCCUUUGCUGAAGAGAAGGCCAUGGGCAUGAACAACCUCCCUGCUGUGGGACGUAAACCCCUGGAUCUGUUCCGGCUUUACGUGUCUGUCAAAGAGAUUGGUGGCCUCACUCAAGUGAAUAAGAACAAGAAGUGGAGGGAGCUGGCCACCAGCCUCAACGUUGGAACGUCGAGCAGCGCUGCCAGUUCACUUAAGAAACAGUAUAUCCAGUGUCUGUAUGCGUUCGAGUGUAAGGUUGAGCGUGGUGAAGACCCACCGCCAGAUAUCUUCAACACAGACGCCAAAAAGAACCAGCCGAAGAUUCAGCCUCCAAGUCCAGCUGGUUCUGGAUCCCUCCAGGGCCCACAGACUCCACAGUCCACCAGUAGUUCUAUGGCAGAAGGAGGAGACCUGAAGCCACCCACGCCAGCCUCCACCCCUCACACACAGAUGCCUCCAAUGGCUGGAAUCAGCAGGACUAGUGUGAAUCUUCAAGACCCGUUUGCCGAUGGAGUAGAUCCUGCUUUCUCCAGGAGAAGCACCAUGACUCCCAACUCUCAGAACUACCAACCUGGAAUGGGUGGCCCUGAGAUUAUGGGUCGCAUGGGUCACUAUGAAUCCAACAAGGACCCUUUUGGUGGCAUGAGGAAAGUUGGAGAGCAGUUUAUGCAGCAGGGAUCCAACAGUGGGAUGGGGGAGCAGUACAACAGAGUCCCGUCAGCACCCAUUGGGAAUAUGCCGAUGGGCCAAAGGCAGCAGCAGUAUCCUUAUGGAUAUGAUCGCAGACCAGAGCCUGGUAUGGGCCCUGAUGGCCCUCAGUCUAACAUGAUGCCCUCUGUGGGAGACACUGGCAUGUACUCACCUAGUCGCCCUCCGCCUCAGCAACGGCAUGAGGCCUACGGUAACCAGUACUCUGGUCAAGGAGCUCCCCCUGGUGGACCCUAUUUGAACCAACAACCAGGAAUGUAUCCUCAGCAGCAACCGAACUACAAGCGGCCUGUGGAUGGUGGUUACGGUCCUCCGGCCAAACGCCAUGAAGGGGAGAUCUACAAUGUUCCGUAUGGCCAACAGCAGCAGGGCCCCCAGUCAUCCGGGCCGCAGGGCCAGCAAGAAAUGUAUAAUCAGUAUAACGCAUACUCAAGUGGUGAACGAAGGCCACCUGGCCCACAGAACCCGUUCCCAUUCUCAUUCAGUCGGGAGCGUGGACCGCCAUCUGCUGGACCUGCGUCUCAGUCUUCAAUGCCUCCUCAGAUGAUGGGAAGCCCACUGUCGUCAGGUCCUGAUGGACCGCAAGGUCCAAUGUGGCAAGGCCGUAGCGAGUUGGGCUACACAAACUAUCCCAACCGUCAGGGUCCACCUGGUCCGGGUCAAGGCUCUGGCUACCACAUGAACCGCUCAGAGGACCUGAUACCAUCAGACCAGCGCAUGAACCAUGACGGUCAAUGGCCAGGUCACAGGGGGCAGCCACCUUAUGGGCCCGGUAACUCUGGGCCGCCCAUGACAAGACCCCUGCCAUCAACAUAUACAUCACAGAACCACAUCCCUCAGGUGUCUAGUCCAUCUCCAAUGCCAAGAUCCAUGGACAGCAGGACAUCUCCCAGCAAGUCACCAUACAUGCACUCUGGCAUUAAAGUCCAGAAAGCUGGUCCUCCGGUACCGGCCUCACACAUAGGUCAGGCCCCUGUGCAGCAGCCCAUGAUCAGGCGUGACGUAGCAUUUCCUCCUGGUUCCGUGGAAGCUUCCCAACCUCAUCUUAAACCGCGGAGGAGGCUGACAAUGAAGGACAUUGGUACCCCUGAGGCCUGGAGGGUGAUGAUGUCCCUCAAGUCAGGUCUACUUGCAGAGAGCACGUGGGCCCUUGACACCAUCAACAUUCUGCUGUAUGACGAUGGCAGCAUCUCCACCUUUAAUUUGUGCCAGCUUCCUGGCUUUUUGGAGCUGGUAGUCGAGUACUACCGACGCUGCCUGAUCCAGAUCUUUGGCAUCCUCAAGGAGUAUGAGGUAGGCGACCCUGGCCAACGCACCCUCCUUGAUCCUCUUGCUACUGAUGAGGACUCUGACGAUGACAUCCUGAUGCUCGAGGGGGAAGACAUGGACACAGAUGAGGAGGAGGAUGAGGAAGAGGAGAGUGAGGACAAGCAGAUCACUCCCCAGCUCUCCUCACAAGUGCAGGUGAAAGAGGAGGAAGAAGAGAAGUCCUCGCAGGAUAAGGAGGAGUCGACUUUGGUGAAUGAAAGCAUCAUUGCUACCUCAGGGCCCACCCAGGACCCUCAACUCUGCUUAGAAAAACCCAAGCAGGCCAGCAAGUUUGACAGACUCCCCAUCAAGGUAGUGAGGAAGAAGAAUCCCUUCCAGCUGAGCCGCUCAGCCAAUCAGGGACAGAGGAAGAGCUUUGACAGCGGCCUCAUACACUGGAGCAUUGGGGGGGGCGACACCACUGAGCACAUCCAGACCCACUUUGAGAGCCACAGCCGCCUACUCGAGGUCCACAAGUGCUUGUCUGUGUCUGCUGAGAAGAGCAAGAAGGUGGAGAGGCAAGAGAGGCCUGCACUUGACUCUGACCACGAGCCACCAUCAGGGCCGCCUCGAACAGAUGGGACUACUGCUCUUCCCAUUGGUGCGACCGUCACUGCCACCAUAGAUGACGUGCUGUGCGCUCGCCCUGGGUCACUCACGGAAGAGGCAGUGCGAGGGGGUGGCGUGGAGCAGAAAGAGAACGGCAAGUACCUGUUCAGCAUUAAUCUGGAGCACCAGAGCCACCGCAACAUCAAGAUCCUGGAGGACGAACCGCACAGCAAAGAUGAGACACCACUCAGCACUCUGGCAGACUGGCAGGACUCGCUGGCUCGACGCUGCAUCUGCAUCUCCAACAUCGUGCGCAGCCUCUCCUUUGUUCCAGGCAAUGACCUGGAGAUGUCCAAGCACCCGGGUCUUCUGUUGCUGCUGGGUCGCCUGGUGUUGCUUCACCACCGGCAUCCGGAGCGUAAGCAGGCGCCAGUUACCUACGAGAAGGAGGAGGAUGAGGAUGAAGGGGUGAGCUGUGAAAGAGACGAGUGGUGGUGGGACUGUCUGGAGGCCCUGAGGGAGAACUGCUUGGUCACUUUGGCCAACAUCUCUGGUCAGCUGGACCUCUCCGUAUACCCAGAGAGUAUAUGUCUGCCCCUGUUGGAUGGACUUCUGCACUGGGCUGUGUGCCCCUCAGCGGAAGCAUUGGACCCCUUCCCCUCCCUAGGCCCCCAUGGCUCACUUUCCCCACAGAGACUGGUCAUGGAGACCCUCAGCAAACUCAGCAUCCAAGACAACAACGUUGACCUCAUUCUGGCCACCCCACCUUUCAGCCGACUGGAGAAGCUCUACGGUACUCUAGUGCGACUGGUCGGGGAGCGCAAGGUGGCUGUCUGCCGGGAGAUGGCGGUGGUCCUGCUAGCCAACCUGGCGCACGGUGACAGCCUGGCCGCUCGGGCCAUUGCUGUGCAGAAGAGCAGCGUGGGGAACCUGCUGGGCUUCUUGGAGGACAGUUUAGCCGCCACCCAGUACCAGCAGAGCCAGAGCUCCCUGCUGCAGAUGCCAGGGGUCCCUCACUUUGAGCCAACCAGCGUGGACAUGAUGCGGCGGGCGGCCCGCGCCCUGCACGCCCUUGCCAAAGUGGAGGAGAACCACUCUGAGUUCACUCUGUACGAGUCACGGCUGCUGGAUAUUUCCGUGUCACCCCUCAUGAACUCAUCAGUGUCCCAGGUCAUCUGUGAUGUACUCUUUCUGAUUGGCCAGUCAUGACACAGCUACGCUUCUUUCUGCCCCCACACCCAUUUUGUAUGUGUCUCUCAUGUGUGAGUGAAAAGAGUUUUUUUUUUUUUUAAUUUGUUUUUUUUUAUUUAUGCAAAAUCAGCCUCCAUCCCCUCCCCUCCCAUUCUUGUCCACUCAUCAUGUAGCUUUGAGCUGGGAAUAAAGAGAGGAGUGGGACAUUAUCAGGUGUGUGAGUGUGCGUGACAACGUGACUUUCUAUUUCAGUAUAUCUCUUGAAAAAGAAAGUGUGAGCCUUGGGGGUGUCUGCAGGGAUCAGCGUGCACAGACUUCACACGGUCAGGUUUGGAGCCUGCAGCGCCUCGCAGAGGGGCCGUGGUAUCGUUGCUGUAACUUUGGAUGCUCUAUGACAGAAACCACAUAUUUCUGUACUGUACACUUUAAAACUGUAAACAUACUGUAAGAAAACUGUUUCACACUGAGAUCGCUGGCUUGGCAGCAAACUGUAGUUUUUAAAAACUGUUUUAGUUCAUGAUGAGAGAAAGAAUACGGCUUUCCCCCCAAAGUAUGGUGAACCUACAACACCCCGACCUCUUCUUUGUUUCUUGAUUGUAAGACUUGACCCUUCUCUAAAGUCUCGGGCUGCUGGGCCUUGGCUGCAGCUGCUCUGUAAAUACGUUGUUGUACAUGACACUUCUCUCUUUCUCACCUUCGGUUUCUUCACCAUUUUUAAAGCGAUUUCUGUGAGGCGUCUGCUCUCCAUCUGCAGGAAGGGUGGCCUCCAACACAAGUUUCAGCGAACCCAAACAAAAGCAUGGUUCCAUCCGGGCUUAUGAAAAUGAAGAAAGCGUUUUAAUCUCGGUUUUCUUUUCAGUUAUGCGGUUACUGCAUAUUUGUAUUUCAGAUGUAGCUAAGACUUGAUGUAAAUUCCUUCUUUUUUCCUUUUUUGGCUUAAUGAAUAUCAUUUAUUCAGUAUCAAAUCUUUAUACUAUAUGUUCCACGUGUUAAGAAUAAAUGUACAUUAAAUCUUUGUAAGAUUUUUGAUGUGGAUUUAUUUGGAUCAGUAGUCAUUUCUCUCAAAUGCGUGUCGUGGCCAACAUGACAGAACUCAUUUUAGCUUUGCAAAAUGGGCAUCCAGUCUAAAAGUUACUUUAGUUAAAUCCUGUUGCUCAUGGAUGUAAUGC